GACCCGUGGAGCCCUAGCGAAGGGACACGGGACAGACGGUCUCGGACAGCGGACGAGCACGGACGGACCGGCAUACACCUGACAUCACCGCACGCGACUACAUCGCGUUAUAACCAGCAUAACUCAUACAAACUUAACGUUGAAUAAUGUAAAGUGUUUAUUAAAUUCAGUGUUUCAAUUCUAUAAGAAAGUGUCAUGAUUGUGAAUAGAUUAGAUAUUUGUAUCGUGCGUUGAUAACAUAUGAAUUGUUUUUAUUUUAAAUAUUAUUUUUGUCUUAUAAAUAUCGAAUGUGAUCGGUUAGAAUGAAAAAGAAAUAUAAGAAUAAUUUAUGCUAACAAUAUGAGUAGUAUAUUAAUUCAGUAAAAUGACUUUUAUCCCGCUCGGUCACAGCCGUCGGACAUUAUUUGGAUUAUUUGUGACAUAUUUCUUAUCACCAACGUUUUAAAAUAUAUACAGUCGCCGGAGCGACGGCGGCAUAUGUGAAGUGUUACGCUGAUAGCGAGAUAUUAAGAUAAUAUUUCUUAGGAUAAAGAUAUCAUCGAAGAAAUAAAAAUAGGUGACCAAAUCAAGAUGAGAAUCAAGAUGCCAGCUGUACGCAUCGCGCAAGCGGAUGCGGACAGCGCGGCAGAAGGCGGAGGUUCGUCGUGUUUGCCAGCGGAUACGCUGACAUGCGGGGCCUGCAGGAAGGCUUUCGCGCUAGCGGACAUAGUGCGAUUCAUUCAGCACAAAGUCUCCUCUUGCGAUAAAGACCUCACUUCAUACCACUGCUAUAGUGGAGGUCCAAACUCAGACCAAGAAGAUGGAACCCGACCAGGACAAAUUGCUUCUGGCAACACGAGUGGGCGAAGACCCUCACUCCUUACAGCAAGGCGACCUCCCAACAGUAGAGUGCAUACUCCUCCUCUCGCAAGCCCUUCGAUAGCUCCACCAGAUUUACUUGAGGAUGGCGGGGCAUCAAGCACUCCUAAGCGGCUGUUGGAUGAAGCUGACGCAGGAGUAUCGACUCCGAAACGAAGAGCAUCUACUUCACCGAUGCCUUCGAGUUCACCAGAUGAAGAUAUCAAACCUAAAAUUAAACAAGAGCACAUGGACAGAACCAGCUCACCUGAAGAUCAUAAGAAGUCGAGAACCGAAAUGGCUGACGCUGAAUCAAAUACCAUGCAUAGUGAACCGAGCAACUACGUCUGUUCUACCUGCAAAGCGCGAGUACACUCUGCUUGGAGACUGGUUCAGCACGUUCAGCACGUGCAUGGCGUAAAAAUUUACGUUGAGAGCAUGCCUCAGCAAUUACCGAAUAAACAGAACCAUUCAUCAUCGAGCACGUCAUCAUCAAGCUCUGGUUGUUCUUCUACUGGUGCUCCAUUACCGCCACCAUCGCUUCGACAUCAUCCUUUAUUGCCACCACCAGACAUGCACUCUCCUUUUGGAGUGGGAGGCUUAUUGAGGAUGCCUCUGCCGGGUAGCUUACCCCCACUAGCUCAUCCUUCAGUACCACCGACACCUUUGUUUGCAAGACCAAAUCAUCACGAUCAUAGAUUUAGAAUGGAACAACUGGUGUCUGAGCAAUUUCGCCAUCACGGACUCAACUUGGCAGCAGCGGCCGCCGCUGUGGCAGCAAAUUCUCUGCCACCACACCAGACAUUUCCGUCACCAGCCGAUAGACCACCUAUCGUUCCAACAUCUUUGACAGGACGUGAUAGACCACCCGUAUCACAACCACUUUCUCUAGAACCCCAGCUGGAUUUUUACUCGCAGCGCUUGCGGCAACUGGCCGGUACGACCAGUCCAGGGGCGGCCACAGGCAAUUCGAGCUCUCCUAGCCCCAGGAAGCAUUCACCGCCGUUCGCUUCCCCGUCGCCCUCCCGAGUCGGCCAGACUCCUCCGGUGGGCGCCGGACCCGGAACGGUGGACACUCCUCGAGAAGCCAUAAGAGCUCAGAGUUCCAUAUCCCCAGAAAGACGAAAUGAACCUCAAACAGCUGACGCACCACCUUCGGAUAGGCCGUCUUCAACACCACCUACAAAGAGAAACAAUGAUGAAGCCAUUCAUACAUGUGAAUUCUGUGGGAAGAAGUUCCGUUUUGAAAACAGUUUAAUAGCUCACCGACGUAUUCAUACUGGAGAAAAACCCUUUAAAUGUAAUCAGUGCGAUGAAACAUUUGAAAAAAAUUCAAAAUUAAAAAAGCACAUGAAAGCUCAUCGAGCAGCUGAAGGUAAUACUGAAGACUUAGAAUCCGGGGGAGACACUGGUGAAGAUGAUUCUGAAGAUGACUUAGAUGAUGAGGAAUUAGAGGGUGAAGAGGAGGAAGAAAAUGAAGAUGGAGAAGAGGUUGAAGAAGCUGAAGAUCUUACCGUAUCUAAUCAUAGUGCUCCUUCAGCGCCCCCACGUAAGCAAACUCCAGCGAUACCUGCACACCCACCUACCGCAUCCGUGGUCGGUGAACUCAUGGACAAAUUUGGAUUAUCUAAUAUUGCACAAUAUAGUGAAGCUUUUAAACAAGCUUUGCAAGAAUCUGGCAACUCUUUAAAAUGGCAAUUAGCUAAAGACCGUGACAACAACAAUGGUCCUCCUUCUGAAAAACCUAACGGUAUGCCACCAACAGCGGCUCUUCGUUUAAAAGAGGAGUUUGCCAAAAUGCCACCUCAGCCACAUCCAUUAUUUAACCCUUUUGAAAACCCUUUUGAAGCCUCUAAGAGGAUGAAACUGGAUAUGGACAGGGGUGAAGGCUGGUGGCUCCCAACAUUACAUGCUCAGCGGCCACCAGAUAAUAUUUUUGACGGUCUAAAGAAUAGCAGUAAUGGGUUACUACAGAAUCCAUUAUUAAAAUCUAAAGAUGGCCGCCGUAAUGAUACGUGUGAAUUCUGCGGAAAAGUUUUCAAAAACUGCUCUAAUUUAACUGUUCAUCGGAGAUCGCAUACCGGAGAAAAGCCAUAUAAAUGUGAACUGUGUUCCUACGCAUGUGCACAGAGUUCCAAACUGACAAGGCAUAUGAAAACUCACGGCCGGCUUGGGAAAGACGUGUACCGUUGCCGGUUCUGUGAGAUGCCAUUCUCCGUGCCAUCUACCCUCGAGAAGCAUAUGCGAAAGUGUGUUGUGAAUCAAAGUAAUGGUGCUUCUCUUGCUUUAUCCGAUGAUUCGAACGCAUGUCGUGAUGAGGCUUCGUGACUCUACCCGUGGGGUGGUCUCCGAUUGCCACCACCCGCGCCGCCCAGCCAAAUAUUCUAGAUUUCUUUUAAAUUAUCGUUGCUUUCUCACAUCGUAGAACACGCUGCGGAAUAACGUCGUAGGUGGUAUAUGUUCAAUUUCUAGUCUUAAGGAAUGAUUUAUUUGACGAUAUAUUUAAUAAUAUACUUAAUAUAAUUGCAAUAUCAGCCCAAAAAAUCCUAGUAUCGAAGGGCAUUACUUUAAAUGAUAGAUACCUUAGUGACAUAUCCUUGUGUAAAGAAGUGUUGAGAGAUCCGGUUUCGUUGUUGGUGUUAGUUCGUGAAAGUUUUUAGUUAUUUCUUUCGGAGGCUGUAUCUUUACGUUAGAUAUUUUUGAUCUUGUUUUGACAUGUUUUAUUGAUUGUAAAAAGGAAACCAAUGCCAAAGUUAGCUACGUUGAUUUAUACAUAAAAAUAAAUACACUUAGAUUUAAGCUGUAUAGUGUCAAUUAUGAUAGGAUUUUUUUCAGUAUUUUCUAAGAUCUUGUAGCUUCUUAAUGUUAAGUUGUUUAGUUAUAGUAGGAUAUUAUGUAAUAUACUAAGCAAAUGUUUCCUAUUCUAGUUAAAACUGUAAAUAAUUGAUGUAACUGUAACAUGUAUGUAAAUCGAGUACCUACCUGUGGAUGUUCAUAUUUAUAGACAACAAUAUUUCACAAAUUAUAAAAUUACAUUUCGGCAAGAACGGUGAGUUUCCUGUAAUCGAUAAUUAGCUUUGUAGAAAGCGAAAUUUGGAAUCGUUUGUAACGGUAGGUGUUAUUACCAACAAGGUACUUCUAUAUUUAAUUAGUGUUUAAAUUUAUUAAAUUAUAAAUUAUCUAAUGAGACAUUUCGAUCUUUAUCACCGUGCUUUUAUUCUCGAAAGCCAGUUACUUUAUUAAGACUGACAGGUGUAUUCCAGAUUUGUUUUGAGUGUAUGUAUGUGGAUGACCUAUUACAUGUACCUUUAGUCCAUGCGUGAAAUCUUUCAGUAUACGUACUUAAUAUAAAUUAUAAUAGAAUUUAUAUUAGAUAAAUGUAAGUAAAUUAUAAUAGAUUACUCCGUUUUGUCUCCUAAAUCUGAUCUCCGUAUUGAUCUUCACACACUUUCUAUUUGGACCUCUUUACACGAUAAUAAAUGCUAACGUUUAUGUCAUGUAGACAGAUCCUUAUUGUAAACACUUUUCACAUUCAGAUCAACGUUUUAAUUUGAUAUAAUAUUCAUAUAUAUAUACGUAACUAUCAACUUAAUAUGAAAUAUUUCUUAGUAUAACAUAAGUGGUCUGUUUGUAAAAAGUUAUUGUAGUUGGUACAUAUACCCUUUACUUGCCUUAUUUGUUUUGUUAAAUUUACUUAAAUGUUAAUUUAUUGCUUGACUGUACCAUAACUGUAAUUAUUAGAUCCUCUCUACGUCCGGUAGUUGUAGUUUUAUUAGUACAAAUAACUUAAAAUAAUUCUUGUUUUAAUAAUAAAUUCCGUAAUUAAAAACACGUAGAGGGGAUUCAUGACUAGACUAAGGAUGACAAAAGGAGACGAAAUAGCGAAAAAAAAAGACAAAUUUUAUUGUGUAAUAAAAUAUGAACUGUUUUUAUUAUUUUUCAUUUUUAUUAUUUUUAUUUCAAUAAAUAUCCAUGAUUUGUUAAUUAAA